AACACACUCAUCACCAUGCCGCUGCCGUCGCCAACGUCGCUAGGGCUGCCCGCCAAGCCAGUAGCGGCGGGGUCUACACCUCCUGUGGCGGACAUCGCGCCAGCCCCAUUAGAGCCACCAGCAGCCGAGAGCUCGACCGCGGCCUCCUCCUCAACCUCAGCCGCCCGGACCAACACCUGCGCGAUGUGCUCCUCCGAGGCGCGGUACACGUGCCCGCGUUGCUCUACCCGCACCUGUUCGCUGCCAUGCUCGAAGGCACACAAGGCCGCAGCGUCGUGCUCGGGCGUGCGCGACCCAGCGGCGUUCGUGCCGCUCAAGUCAUACACCCAGGGCACAUGGGACGGCGACUACGCGUGGCUCGAGUCGACGCGGCGCCAGGUCGCCGAGUGGGGCCAGGGGCUCACUGCCGACGAGGUUGCCUCGGCGACAUCGACGCGGGGCGGCGCGACGAGGGGCCGCGGCGGUCGGGGAGGCGGUGGUGGUGGAGGCGGACGAGCGCCAGCAAAACGCGGUCGGCUGGACGGACUGCGCUGGGCGAUCGGCGAUAUUGGCGCCGAGGUCGAUCUCCUCCCGGACGGCAUGCAGCGCCGCAAGACGAACCAGUCGAGCUGGAAUCCCAAGACUCGCGCGCUCCACCUCACCGUUAGCAUGUCGUACGACGGCCUGGCGCCGGACAUCACACAUCCGCGUGUGGCGGUCCUCCCGACCAGUACAACGCUCGCCUCCCUCGUCCCCGAGUCGCUCGGCGGCGAGCUCGUCUACGCACUGCCGUACCAUGUGCCGCGGCGGCGCGGCGACAUGGCUCCAGCAGCACCAAAGACCCGCGCCUUCUUCCCGCCACUCGACGGCGCGGCACCACUAAGCACGGCACUGAAGGGCACGGCGUUUGUCGAGUUCCCCAUCGUGCACGUGUUCGCCGCCGACGCAUGGCAGGCUGCGCUGGACAGCGGCGAGACCAUCGUCAUGCCGUUACUCGAGAGCACCAAGCGCAAAGCCGAGGUGGACGACGGAGAAAACAAGCGCGCCAAACUGGAUAGUGCGCCGGCUGCCGCGGCUGCCCCAGCGCCUACUACUGCUACUGGGCUGGUCGGGCUGGGAGACUACGACUCGGAGGACGAGGACGACGAGGCCGAGGCGGAUGCGGAUGUAGACACCGCUGCCGUUGCCGCUGGUGCUGGUGAUAGCGGUGGCGAUAUCACGCUCUCGCCCCACAUGGCCGCUGCGCUCGGCGCCGCGCUGGUUGCCGACUUUGGCGAGUGA